UCAAUGAUGGGGUGCAGCACAGCACGGAGCCCCAGGAACGUAGUAUAUGGUUAUGUAUGCAUCUCGUUGGAAUUGCUUACUGUAUUUUAGCAUCUGAUUUAGUGUUCAUUGCCCAUUUUUUGCCUUCUUGCUUGUUGAAUAGCGUCUCGAUUUACUCUCGUGGAGCUGUGUAUAUCAAGAGUUUACUGAUGUCUCUUCACUGAUCCCAAUCUCGACCCAACCAUGAGCAGCAACGGCAGUCCAACGUUUCCUGAGAAAGACAUCAAGAUCAGUAUUGACCUUGUGGAAGCUUCCAAACGUCUGCUGGCCAUACUCAAGAAGGUGAAUGACAUACCACAGUUGUGCGAGCCUGGCCCAGUGAUUGAGAAUGCUAUCCGUCGUUAUGAGAAACUCUGGCUGCCGUUUCUAGCAGAACAAAAUGGAAACGGCAAUGGUAAAGACUUGAUGCCUCCGUUGGAUGUGCACUGGGUUUGGAUUGUUCAUCUGCUUGCUCCAUACUACUACGAGAAGGACUGUAAACGCAUCAUUGAUAAAGUCUUAGACCAUAAAUUGCUGGCAGAUAAGGAGGCCAAGCAGGCACUUGACCGCACCCAGCGCUUGUGGCAGGAAAAAUACCCCAAGGAACCUUUCCUGGUGAUCCUGACUGCGACUUCAGGUCAACCUGUUACCAAUGGCAUCUCGAAUGGUCACACCAAAGAACCAGAUGACAAUUCAGAGAGCAAGAUUGCUUACGAUGUGCGUGCGGCGAUAUUCCGCCAACGGUUAUUCUAUUACCAAGUCUCGCUUCCGCAUUACCAGGACCGUGGGUUCUUGAAGUCUGCCGUGGUCAGGUACAAGAAGUACUUGUACCUGAAACAGAAGAACCCAGAGGAGUUUCUUGUACCUUGUUAUGAUUUUGAUCUGGUCUGGCAUUCUCAUCAAGUUCACCCUCUCAUUUACUCACAAGACACAACAAAAAUACUCGGACGCAUGUUCAACCAUGAUGAUUCUGUCAACGACCGCGGUCCCGAUUCGAAACUGAGUCGGUCUGACACAAAAACACGCCAGCUGUGGAAAGAGACCUUUAAUGAGGAGUUUGUCUUGUGUGGUGCCAUGUACCGCGGUAACCCACCAUGUGGGAAACUUACCACGCUCCUCCAGGAACAGGUGUUCCAACUGUCGAGCAAACGCGCCGAUGUUGUCAUACAGAGACUCGAGUUAGGCAACGUCAAUCCGUCUGAUCUGGAUAAGUUCACACUUCAGCUCUCAUUAGGAUACAAAAACAGUACGAAACACCGCAUCUUGAAACUGAAGGGUCCACCGAGUGUGUGGUCAAAAAAUGGUGGUGAUGGACUUGUCAAGUUUACCUUCGACACAGGAGCAUGCAACAAUAUCCUUUUUGAGUUAAUCGACAAGCGCGGCUUUCUGUGUUGUAGCGGAAACGACGUCCUCGGCAGCCACAUCUUUCCGUUUCGACAGAUUGUUGAGAGCACUCCUAUUCAAGGUCAAACAGUCACCAAGGGGUUGUCGUUGACAGCGCAUACACAGGAUCAGAUCGGAUCGAUCAGUAUGACGGCGGUUGUUGGAAGCCCCAAGCAAGGCCCAUGCCACCUCACCAUGCAGAACGGCUCCUUCCAGACGUGUACCAUGCCGGAGAACAUUGAGCAGCUGUGGGGUCCGAUUCCGUUGGCCAGGCUACCAGAGGGGACAGCAAACACAUGCAUUGUGGCAUCACAUAGGAUGUUCAACCAUGAAGAAGAAGUCAAGUUCACUGUCCGGGUGAUCCAUUCGAUUCCUCUUAUGAUGUCUGCAGUCCAGACGUUUUACGAGGACAAGAUGGUGUCUGUCGCACACCUGAUUGGCACAGACCAGCUACCAGUCAUGUCACAGAUCACACACACGAAGACCGGCAUAUCACUCGACUUUGGCGGUGGUGAGAGAGCCAUGUUAGUUAAAGACAACCUUGGUGACUUUGGUAUUGUCAUUGGCAAGUGGACUGGCUUUAGGAAGGGAGUCCAAGGAACACCAGGUAUCCCUGGUACCCAAGGGCAACCUGGUGUGAAGGGUGUUCCUGGAGUGCCAGGCAACCCAGGCUACCUAGCCAUCAGCUUCCACAAUCUACGAACGGGCAAAGCCUUCCACUCUGUCAUCCAUGCUGCAAACUACAAUUUCACGUUCACCCUCGAUAGCUUAAUCUGCAAUAUCGAAAAUGGCACCAUGGUCAUUAACAGCAACGACGUAUCACAGAGCAUCUCGGUGGCAUUAUCUGUGGCGGUGUUACAUGUGUUGUGCCAGCCACGUCCGCCAGGAAAGGAGGGCACAUCACGUUCUUCCCCACAAAAUGAAAGCAAUAAGUCGGUUCGCAGGAUAGAAAAUGACACUUUAUUGCUGUGUGUAGCAGCAGGCUGGGCGAUGGAUGUCCCCUCUAAUUCGUAUAUCAGGGGGUCCAUGCAAGGGGCAGCAUGUGGUGCUGCCUGUGGUGGUGAUGCUGGGGGUUGUGGGGGAUGUGGAGGCUGUGGUGGGUGUGGUGGUUGUGGAGGGUGUGGAGGCUGUGGCAGCUGUGGUGGUUGUGGAGGCUGUGGUGGAUGCGGAGGCUAGAUUCUCACAGUCUUGCAUUCUGGUUCUGUCAUGGACACAAUGCUGCAUUUGUCAGCUGUAUUUUCAAGGAAUUCUUUGAAACUUAGAAUAGGACAUGAAAAGGGCAAAUAUUUUGUUUCAUAUUCUUUAUGAUGUGAGCAUUUGUAAGCUUUUUCAAAGUGAAGCUUUUAGAGAUUUUAUUGGAUGGAUGCGCCAGUGACUCAGUACAUCGGUAGAGAGAGAGUGCAAAAGCCAGGCGAGUGAUUUUGCUCCAUGCAAUGGAUGCAUUGUAAAUAGUGUUUGUCACAACCAUAAGAUAAUGGAUAUUUAUCUCUCAGCUGGCCUUGGGAAGAGUGUUCCGGAAUGCGGUAUAUACUGAUGGUGUCCUUCACUGUGAAUAACUGACAUUGAAAUGAUUUCCAGGCAGACUUGCGAUUGAGUGAGAUCAGUUCACAGACUAUGAAGCAUAGACUUCAUUGAUAUUGCUGACACCCUGGAACUUUCCAAUGUAAAGUCAGUGGUUUCAAAUCAACCCAACUGGGUUUUUGCUGCUUGGAGGUGACUAUUAUAGUUUCAGUGAAACUUUUUGAGCAUUACUUUGACCAGUCACCGCAGAAACAGGAGAAAGAGUUCAUAUAUUCACAUAUUGCCAGCAAAAUUGAAAGUGAUAUUAUUUUUGUAUGUGUGAAGAAAACAAUAUCAAGUGUACCCAAUACAAUUGUACAAGACGUGCAAUGAACUGAUUGACUAUAUAGGCCUAUUAUAAUCCACAGGACAUUUAUUAAAUGUUCCAUCUAUACAUAAAAUUAUCAGUGUUUAAGUGUUAUUGUUCAUAGGAUAAAGUACCGUAGUUGAACCAGUAAUCCGGUUUGAGAUUCAGAAUGCUUUGUAUUCUAAGUUUUAAAAUAUAUUUGGCCCAAAACAUGGCUGGUCUGUGUGUUGAUUAUUUCCGGCUGAAUGAGUAAUGGGGUUGAUUUCACCGGGCUCUUUCGUAUAUUUUCAUACAAGUUUCUCUCCAUUCUGACACUGCAGCCUCAGGAGGAACUCGCAUGCACUUUUGUUGGUGUCCUGGGCGGGUCCCUUGAGAGGAUCCGUCUACAUGUCGUGGUAAAUCAAGGUGCUUAAGAUCAAGAUGGGAACUGAGUAGCUACCUGGCCAAACCGAGCCCACAAUCACUUUGACUUUCUGCAUUACCGGGGACAAAAAGUGAUACCAGCUACUUCUAGAAAGUUCUUUGUGUUUGGGUCAGUUUCUUGUGUGUUAUUAUCUUUAUCAUUAUUUUGUUGAUAUCAAAUAAUUAUAAUUAUUAUAUAAGAAUAACUACAAGUUUGUAAAUAUCAUUACUUUGAUGAUGUAAAGUACUUUUGUGAAGUAGCUCAUGUAUGUAUGACUCAAAGCAGUAACUGUUGUGACCUUAGAAGCAGAUGCAGUGAAAAUCCUGUGGAUUCUUCUGCAACAUUAAAAGAUGUCUAAAAUCUGUCGUAUAAUCCAUUAAUUCUUACUCGAUGUAUAGAAGUGAUCCCCCUCUCAAGAUCAGGUAUAUGUCCAAAGGUUCUUAAAGGGAGACUAUAGGUAGGAGCCAAAUGGGCUGUGAUAAGUUUACGAACCGGCUGAUACAUCGGUGCUAUUCAUGCUUGAACCAGACCCAGGUUCCAACUAUGGUUAUCAAUCACCUGGAUACUAACAGUUUGACCCCAAGGUUUCUCUCUGUAGUCCCCCUUCAGAUUAGAAAAUUAUGUAUAAAAAGAAAAUGCAUGGAAGGGGAAGCGAUCACUACUACUUUCGCAUAAAGGGAAGAGGAGAUGAAUUGUAAUAUUUUGUGAAUACAUUCAAUGUACACCCUCGAUGACAGUGACCUAUUCCCACGACACAACGGGCAAAAUACCAAAAUAAUCUUUGUAAAUAGUGUACAUAAAAACCUGAUAUAUGGCUAUAACCGGUUGUAUUGAAUCUCAAAGAAUAUGGACUUUGUUGUAAAAAUUCAUGUUUGCCCUCGAUUCGGUACUAAUGGAAUAAGUAUUGUUGAAUAUUUAUUUUGUAAGGUGUUUAUCUUUUUGAUUUAUUUGAUAUUUUAAUGCGAGCUUGAAAUGUUGGAGUGUGUAUAGAGAUGCCAUUUGUGGAGGGACCUAUGAGGUGCCAUAAUGUUAUACUGAUCACUGUAAUAGGCAUGGGAGUCAAUAUGGCAUUUUACGUUACAUCUGGUGAGGGGUGUGUAUUGUAUUACAUAGAGAAUGACUUGUACGUCAGCUGCUUUUUCAUUUUUGAGAUCCCGGCAUGGGAUGAACAGACGAUGCUUCGGUCUGAUGAAGGUCAUAUCCUUCAUUUAUUCAUUUGUGAUUACGUUUGCAAAUCUGGCAUCCCAUAUACCAAAUGAACGCACGUUAACCCAUUGUUUGUUAUGUCUCCUGUAGCUAUUUGUCGCUGUUGGCUUAGAAAACCGAUCAAGUGUCAAAUAUGCGGCUCUGUGAACAGAAUAGACAGAUCUGUUUCCUCUUUUUGUCUACGCUUAUUCUUUCAUAUUGUUUUAUACAUUUUUACCAAAAUUUUCUUUCUCAAGUUAUCUGUUAUGUUUGUGCCUCAUAACCAAGUCUGGUUUCUAUCGAAACGCUAGCUGUGAUUUAAAAACAAGUACAAUGAAAUUGUAUUGUAAAACAUUCGUUGUCAUUGUAUCCAGUCUGAGUGCUGAGCACUUUUUCCCUCUUUGACCUGGAGGGUGCUGUAAAGAACUUCCACAGAAUAAGGUUCAGGGUGAAAGCUUGGAAUGUGCUAACAGUUUCUGAUGUGAGUAUUCUUUUGGUUUUCCUCUCCCUGGCUUUGGUUGUGCAGGCUUCUGUCUCUACUGUUUCAAGUGACAUGUACUCAUUGAAAAGACAGCUCCGUGAUUGUUUGCCUGAUGACUGUAGAGCAUUUAUUUACAAGAUCUCUAGAAUAAGCACUGGCCUACUGAGUCAGUGAGUGAUAGCCAACUGGCCUCUUUCAAGAUGAGAUACUUCGUGCGUGGAGUGGCUGAAUUUCGCUGAGUUAUGGCAGCCUCGAAUGAUUUUGACAUCACAACUGAUGUAUUUUUAAUGUGAAAGGCUUACCCCAUAAGUCGGCCAUUUUGUUUCUUUCCAGCAGUGCUCCACCACUAAGGGGCACUGAUGGGGAAGAGGUGAUUGCAAAGCAGUACUGGUAUAGACUGGUAGGCAUGUGCACCCAUCCUGAGAGGAUGGCGUCUUGACCACAGCGAUAAUAGUAUGGACAUAGUCAUAGGCCCUAAUCCAUUGUGCCAAAUUAAUAUUAUGCCUUCGUGUUGGAAUUUUAUCAUUGCUUACGUUAAUGAAAGUAUUUAUUGAAUCAUGAUAACAAUUAGAGUGUUAAUUAAAGACAACAUAAUGAAGUUAAA